UGUAUUGAAACCACAGGCACUGAAAUAUUUUAUUGGCAUGAUAUUGGCACUGGAAUUCAAUUUGGCAAAUAAAGUGGAGAGCAGCACAGGGCACCAAUAGCAGUAUAACCCAAAUGAAUUUAUUUGUUUAUUAUUGCUGUAUUGUUUCCUGCCUUAAUGUUUUUAGGGGUUAGGUUGAGAUCAAAUCAUGUUGUCAAUCAUACUAAAGCCAUUAAAGUUGACAGCUUGAUUACCUGAUUAUGAAUUCAGAAGAUAGAUUUAAACACUUGAUAGUAUCACAACCACAUGGAAUCUGGUACCUGAAUGUGUUCCUGUUAUCAAUACACUACCGGUAUCUCAAUAUUUUGGAUUACUAAGUAGCUUGGUUUGAUGCAUAUAUCACAGAAAAAUUUAUGUGAAAUACUGCAAAAAACGACUGAAAAACAUUCUGACGAUAAUUCAGAAACUUAUCACAUAGAUAAAGUAGACAGCCAAAUAUCAUAUGAUGACUUUUUCUGUAAAUACCUUGUGAGCAACAGGCCUUGUCUUUUUGGAAAUUUUGUCACAAGAGAUUGGAAAAGUGCCGUUGAAUGGACUAGUAGAAAGACUGUGAACAAUUAUACAGAGGUUUUGCCUAAUUUUGAAUAUUUGAAACAACAUUUUGGAAAUGCCAAAGUCCCAGUUGCAGAUUGCAACAAAAAGUAUUUUAACAGCCAAUGCAAAACGGAAACUACUUUUUCAGAGUUUAUUACCUAUUGGGAAAAUUAUAUUACACAAGGCUACAAGGAGAAACACCCUUGUUUGUAUUUGAAAGACUGGCAUUUCGUGAAAUCAUUCAAAAAUUACAAACUAUAUAAUGUGGCAGAAUAUUUCCACAGUGACUGGUUAAAUGAACUGAGUGAUGAUGAAAUUGAAAGUGAUGAUUUCCGCUUUGUGUACAUGGGCCCUAAGGGCUCUUGGACACCUUUUCAUGCAGAUGUCUAUCGUUCAUUUAGUUGGUCUGCAAAUAUUUGUGGUAUUAAAAAAUGGUUAUUAUUUCCUCCAGGUGAUGAACAAUAUCUAAAAAAUGUAAAUGGCGAACUUCCAUUUGAUGUAACUGCUCCUGAAAUGCAGGACAUGAAUAUUUACCCCAAUGCACAGAAAGCUCAUUGUCUGACAAUAGUACAAAAACCUGGAGAGUUGAUAUUUGUUCCUUCUGGAUGGUAUCACCAGGUUCAUAAUCUUGACGAUACAAUUUCUAUUAACCAUAACUGGUUGAAUGCCAGUAAUAUUGAUAUCGUUUGUAAUUUUUUAUGCUCAGAGUUUGAAUUGGUUAAAAAAGAAAUUAUUGAUUGCAAAGAAUUAAUGACUGAAAAGAAUGGCUAAACCAAUGCCUAAUAAUAAUGAAAGCAAAUAGUGGAACAGAUUUAAAUGAUUUUGUUCAAUUCCUAACAAAAAUAUCUAAUCCACGUAUAAUAUCACUGCAAAAUCAUAUGCAAAAACAUCCGAAACUAAGAUUCGCCUGUGAAUGU